AUGCUUUCGUUUAAACAAUUCCGAGUAUCAUCUUCAUCAUUACUUACUAAAAGAAUAAGAUCAAGACAUCAUUCAUCAUCCACAUUCAAAACUGCAGUAGAGACUGCAGAAAAAUUAGUGACACCACCAACAUCGAAAUUUCUGGAUCCAUUUUCUAUAGUUAGUCAUGAAAUGUCUAAUUUAGCUAAAUCUAUAGCUAAUUUAAUUGGGUCAGGACAUCCUACAUUAAAUCGUGUUAGUUCAUAUUAUUUUGAAGCUGAAGGGAAAAAUGUUCGUCCAUUAAUUGUAUUAAUUUUAUCCAAGGCUUUACUGAGAAUCCCCAUUGAACAAAGAAAUAGAAUCCCCAUUGAUACAAUUGAUGUCACUGAACAAAAAAGUUUCAAUGGUACGCCAACGAAACAAAAUAGUACUAUUGCUGGGAAAUCUAUUGAUGAUUCAUUAUCACCAUUGGCAAUUUUACAUGGAAUAAAUCCAAAAGUGAUAUUAGAUCCCUUAUCUAAACCAAUGGAUAAAUUACCAAUUAUCGGUGGGAGUAAUAAACUGGAAGACAAGGAAAACUCUCAGGGACAACUUGAUAUAUUACCUAAACAACGUCGAUUGGCAGAAAUUGUGGAAAUGAUACAUACAGCAUCGUUAUUACAUGAUGAUGUUAUAGAUUUAUCUGAUUCUAGAAGAGGUAGACCAAGUGGGAAUAUUGCCUUCACUAAUAAAAUGGCAGUGUUAGCUGGGGAUUUCUUAUUGGGGAGAGCUUCAGUGGCGAUUGCUCGAUUAAGAAAUCCUGAAGUAAUUGAAUUAUUAUCAACGACCAUUGCUAAUUUAGUGGAAGGAGAAUUUAUGCAAUUGAAAAAUACUGUGUUACAAAAUAAUAAUAAUGAUGAAAUUUUCAAUGAUGGUGAUGUUAAAAGUAUCCCACAACCAACUGGUAAAGUACCAACUAAACUUCAUCAAUAUUCAGUACAACAAAAAAAUGGAGGAGAUGCUGUUGUUGAUCAUAACAUUAAUGUCGAGGCAGCAUUUGAAUAUUAUUUACACAAGACAUAUUUGAAAACAGCAUCAUUAAUGUCGAAACUGUGUCGUGCAGCAGCAGUAUUAAGUGGGUCGCAAGAUGAUAUCAUUGAAAAUUGUUAUCAAUUUGGAAGAAAUUUAGGAUUAUGUUUCCAAAUUGUUGAUGAUAUGUUGGAUUACACUAGUAGUGAUAAAACUAUUGGUAAACCAAGUCAAGCCGAUUUAAAAUUAGGUUUAGCUACUGCACCAAUAUUAUUUGCUUGGAAACAAGAACCAAAAUUGGGAGAAUUGAUUGCUAGAAAAUUCAAUCAACCGGGAGAUGUUGAAAUUGCUAGAAGAGCCGUCGAAAAAUAUAAUGGAGUGGCUCAAACUAAAGAAAUGGCAACAAUGUAUUGUCAUCAAGCUUUAAAGAAUUUAAGAGUUUUACCAGAAUCAGAAGCUAGAAGUGCCUUGGAAUUGUUGACUAAUUCUGUUUUAACUCGAACCAAUUGA